AUUUUAGGUUUUAAUCACCAAAAGGAUAAACAAAAUUGCAUUUUUGUGUGAUAUACUGCAUGCAAAAAUUAUUUUCCACACAAGAAACACCACAAUGAUAAGAGGAUGCCUCCAAAACAGACCUUAAAUCAGCCCUUGUUGUGUUUCUCUCUCAUUCUUCUUUGUGUAGAAAACACCAGUUCUGAAGCUGAAAACAUGACCGGAGACACAGCACAUAACACCACGAUGCAGCAAGAGGGAUUUACAAGCUUUCAGAUUUUUGAAUUCUGCAUUUUCUUUGCCACCUGUGUAGUGGGUCUCAUUGGAAAUGGGCUUGUAAUAUUUCUGACUGGCUGCAGAAUGAAGACGACCGUCAACACCAUUUGGUUUCUCAACUUAGCGAUUGCAGACUUCAUCUUCUUGUUGUCUUCAAUCAUAGAUAAUCUUUCAAAUUUGGGCCAGUUGAGUCUUUAUUUUAUGAGUUUCAUUGUCCAGAUAAUGUUAAAUCUAAAUCUGUUUGCUAGUAUUUUCUUUCUUGUAGUUAUCAGUGUGGACCGAUGCCUGUGCACAUGGAUGGUUGUUUGGGCUAAAAAUAAACGAACUACACUUAAAGCCAAGAUCAUCUGCAUAAUUGUGUGGGUUACAUCCAUCGGCAUCUGCAUUCCUUUCUAUACAUUUAAUAUAUCUAAUCUUGCAUCUGUGAUCACAUAUAAUUUUACAGUGGCCUUCCUCAUCCCCUUUCUGAUCAUUGCAUCUUCAUACACAGCUAUUGGACUACGAAUCAAACGCCUCAAAAGGGUGAAGCAGUUCAGGUCAUACCGGGUCAUUAUAACUGUAACUCUGGCUUUUUUCAUAUGUUGGUUUCCAUACCAUGUUUGCGUUUUUUAUGAAGUAGGAAAUAACUGGAGUGAUGAAGUAUUGCAGAGAGCAAAGAUUGUCAGUAUUUACCUGGUUCAUCUCAACAGCUGUCUGAACCCCAUUCUCUAUGUGUUCAUGUGUGAUGAGUAUAAGAAGAAGCUUAAACAGUCUCUGCUGCUGGUGCUGGAGACGGCUUUUGCUGAAGAUCAUCUGGACUUUAAGGCAGACGCAAAAGAACGAGGACAUGAAAACUCAACUGAACUGUUGGAUAUGUAGAAAACGGAUCUCUAAAUGAUAAACCUGGAUCUAAUUCAGUAUGUUUAUAGUCCUUAUCUAGCAAAUUGUAAAAAAAAAAAAACAGCAACUGCAAAAUUCAUGUUUGGAGCAUGACUGUGUAUAAUGUGUGUUGUAAAACCAAACAGAGAACAUCUCUUCAAGUACAGGCUAAUGCACUUUAUAUAUGUUUGUGAAACUUCAUGAAUCUACUCAUUUUAUUCUUCUGAUUUCUGUUGGAACUUUAUUUUGAAUAAAACCACAGUGUAUCAUAUAAUGUUACCUGCAUUUGACUGCAAUUUCCUGUAGGAUAUUUAUGCUCUCGCAGUAAAUU